UAGUGUAUUCUUUUCUCGGUCCUAUAGAGUAUAUAACUGAUCACGUAUGUUUCAGUGGAAUCAACACCAAUUUCAAACAGCCGAAGAAAAAUAUCCAGCCCGAGCUUUUCUUCUUCCUUUCUGUUUCAUCACUUAUUCACUUAUCAGCGUCACUUUCUGCGAGUUUUGAUUUAUUGCAGCUAUACACUUUAGUCUAAAGUCUCCUUCAAAAAAGAAGUAUGGGAAGUGAAAUUCCUCAGGUUCAUAUGUUCUUCUUUCCAUUAAUGGCUCAUGGCCACAUGAUACCAACAGUGGACAUGGCCAAGGUGUUUGCAACUCGAGGAGUGAAGACGACUAUAGUCACCACUCCGCUCAAUGCUUCUUUCUUCACCAAGACAAUCGAAAGAAGCAAGGAAUCUGGUAUCGAUAUCGGUAUCAAGAUUCUAAAGUUUCCUGCUGUUGAGGCUGGGUUGCCUGAAGGCUGUGAAAACGCAGACUUGAUCCCUACUUCCCAAGACGAAAGCGGUGACAUGCUCGGAAAAUUCUUCAAGGCCACAUUCAUGCUCCAAGAACCUCUUGAACAGCUGCUACAAGAAUGUAAACCAGAUUGCUUGGUUGCUGAUAUGUUUUUUCCUUGGGCCACGGAUGCAGCAAACAAGUUUGGGAUUCCGAGGUUGGUGUUUCAUGGAACUAGUUUCUUUUCAUUGUGUGCAUCGGAGUCCAUGAGGCACUACGAGCCACACAAGAAAGUUCAGUCCGAUUCCGAACCUUUUGUGGUGCCUAACCUUCCGGGAGAUAUCAAGUUGACAAAAAAGCAGCUGCCGGAUUACAUGAAACAAGAUGCUGAAACUGACUUUACCAAGAUGGUGAAAGCAUCCAAAGAAUCAGAGCUAAGAAGCUAUGGCGUGGUUGUCAACAGUUUUUAUGAGCUCGAAGACACGUAUGCUGAUUGCUACAGGAAUAUUUUGGGAAGAAAGGCAUGGCAUAUCGGCCCUGUUUCGCUGUGCAAUAGGGCCACUGAAGAUAAAGCCGAUCGAGGAAAGAAAUCAGCAAUCGAUGAACACGAGUGUUUGAAGUGGCUAGACUCAAAAGAACCCAAUUCAGUUGUUUACAUAUGUUUUGGGAGUAUGGCCAACUUCACCUCUGCUCAAUUGAAGGAGAUUGCCAUGGCACUGGAAGCGUCGGAGCAGCAAUUCAUUUGGGUUGUGAGGAAACAAAAGAACAAUGAAGAAGAGGAGGAUUGGUUGCCUGAAGGAUUCGAGAAGAGAAUGGAAGGGAAGGGACUUAUAAUAAGAGGCUGGGCGCCGCAAGUUUUGAUUCUUGAUCAUGAAGCAGUCGGAGGAUUUGUGACUCAUUGCGGAUGGAACUCCACCUUAGAAGGUGUGUCUGCCGGUGUGUCUAUGGUCACAUGGCCAGUGUUCGCGGAGCAGUUUUACAAUGAAAAGUUGGUGACUCAAGUCCUAAAGAUUGGAGUUGGCGUUGGGGCUCAACAAUGGGCGAGAACGGUGGGAGAUUUUGUGAAAAGAGAAGCAAUAGAAAAGGCGGUGAAGGAGAUCAUGAAGGGUGACAGAGCAGAGGAAAUGAGAAACAGAGCCAAGGCGCUGGCAGAAGCAGCAAAAGGAGCGAUUGCAAAAGGAGGUUCAUCUUACUCCGAUUUGAAUGCUCUGAUAGAAGAGCUCAGCUUGCAUCGCCAUUGAACCAAUAGCCAGAAGAAACAUCCUUUGCAUACUUUUAAUGUCAUUUGCUGCUCCUAGAAUUGCAUGCAUGUUGGUGACUGUGAAUUGGGAAGAGACCUUUGCAAUAAUAGCUCUUUUUUUUUUUAACAAAUAGUGUAGAUUAACUAACUCCUCUAUUGAAGAGGAUCAUAUAUCAAUAGAUUAUAUGUCAUUUUAAAAGGACUAUAUAUAUGAUAUUGGACUGUUCAUUUUUCUAC